AUGAGAAGAGGAAUUUCUUCAAUUUCUUCUCUCAAAUCCAUAGGGUUUGAUAGACAAGGAAUAAUCUCCAACAAAAUUUACUCCAUUGACCUUCGCUUUCAUUCUAAUUCUCCUCCGAGCCUAUUGGAGAAAUACAAGAAUUUGGUCGAGCGAGGGAAGCUACAGCAUGAUCUGCACCAGGAAAGAGUAGCUUUUGAAUUAGAAAAAUUGCUUUCAAGAUUACAGCAAUACGAGAAAGAUAUGGAAGGUUAUUACGUAAAGUUAGCGGAAUGGCAGGAGAAGAGAGAGAAGGAGAGAGUAAAGCUUUUGAUGGGAGAAGCGAGAGAGAAGGAAGGCGGAGGAGCAAUUUGGACGUCGGUGAACAAGCAGAGGGAUCGAAUUUUGGAAAAUUUUGCUAUGUUCAGGAAAAAGGGAGUGGAUAUAGAACCUGGAGUGGGUAGAUGGGUUUCGUACUUAAAUAGGGAGAGGAAAUUGGAUUCACUUGUGGGUCGUCGGCCCAUUGUCCCUCCUGCUCCGAAAGGAUUGUAUAUUUAUGGCAAUGUUGGAAGUGGGAAGACAAUGCUGAUGGAUAUGUUUUAUGGCGCUAUUGAAGGAAUGGUGAAACAUCGAAGAAGGUUUCACUUUCAUGAGGCUAUGCUAAAUAUAAAUUCACAUAUGCAUAAGAUUUGGAAGAAUCAAGUAGAGGAAAAAUCAUUGCAGUCAAACAUAUCUAGUUGGAUUAUGAACCUGCCCUUUGAUAUGAAAGUCAAGGAAUGGUUAGCUGCAGAAGAAAGAUAUAAGCAAGAAAUGCAGAUGAAAAACAUUCUUCCUGCUGUAGCAGAUGAGUUUCUCAUAGGCCAGCAAGCAGAUGAACGAGGGGCUAGUGUUCUUUGCUUUGAUGAAAUACAGACUGUUGAUGUAUUUGCUAUUGUGGCCUUAUCUGGAAUUCUAAGCAGAUUGCUGACUACUGGAACUGUUCUUGUGGCCACCAGUAAUCGAGCACCGAGGGACUUAAAUCAGGAUGGCAUGCAGCGAGAUAUCUUUCUAAAACUGGUUUCAAAGCUGGAGGAGCACUGUGAGAUAGUUCUGAUUGGAAGUGAGAUUGAUUAUCGCCGUUUCAUAGCACAAAGAUCUAAUGACAAGGCUCACUAUUUCUGGCCUUUGAAGAGCAGUGCUCUGAAGGAGUUUGAGAAAAUGUGGUGUCAGGUCACAAAUCAGUUGGGAGGACAAAUCACCUCUGAGACUAUCCCAGUUAUGUUUGGGAGGUACUUCUCAAAGAUGCUAGUACUGGACGUUCCUGAAACCUGUAAUGGAGUGGCAAAGUUCGCAUUUGAGUAUCUAUGUGGUCGGCCGGUAGGUGCAGCAGAUUAUAUUGCCCUAGCAAAAAAUUAUCACACUGUCUUCAUUUCUGACAUUCCAAUGAUGAGUAUGCAAAUCCGUGACAAGGCAAGGCCUAGCAAAGGCGUUGCACGUAGAUUUAUCACCCUCAUAGAUGAGUUGUACAAUCAUCAUUGCUGCCUAUUUUGUUCUGCAGCUGCUUCUAUUGAUGACUUGUUUAAAGGAACUGAAGAGGGUACACUUUUUGACUUAGAAAGUUUCCAAUUCGAAACAGAGACAGAAGGUGGUAAACUUCGCACAAAUGUUUUAGCUGAAGGCUAUGUGGGCUCAGGGGGUGCACCAUCUGGGAUAGUUUCUAUGCUAUCUGGACAAGAAGAGAUGUUUGCCUUCUGCCGAGCAUAUGAGCAAGCUACUAAGGGUUGCUAUCCUUCUGCUCACAAAUAUGAAAUCUUACCUGGAAAAUGA